UGACAGUCUGUUUCUCUCUCUCUCUCCCCCCCUUUUCUCUAACGUUCACCACCUUUUCUCUCCCCUCCUUACUAUUAAACCCAUCUCUUCUUCCUCUUCGAUUCCCACUAAAAUUCCUCACCAAAACCAUCUUUUUUUUCUUUCAAUUCUCUCAUACCCAAAAACCCAGAAACAAAAAAAAAAAGCUUGUGAAGAUCUAAUAAUAUUCAUCCAUGGCGGAAGAAACCCAUAAGCCAGAAACAGCUGUAGUUGAAGAAGUUGUUGUACAAGAAGCUGAGAAACAGGAAGUUUCACAGCCUGAAGCUGAAAAACCUGUAGUUGAAUCUGUUGAUCCUGAAAAAACUGUUGAAUCUGCUGAGAAAUUAGCUGAUUCUACUGAGGUUUCAUCUGAGGAACAGAAGAUUGCUCAACAGGUCUCGUUUAAGGAAGAGACUAAUGUUGUUAGUGAACUUCCUGAGUCUCAGCGGAAAGCUUUAGAAGAUUUGAAGAAACUUAUUCUAGAAGCUCUUCAGAAUCAUGACUUCUCUUCUCCUACAUCGAAGACUGAAGAAAAGAAGGAAGAGAAGAAAGAAGAAGAACAAGCCCCUGUUGAAGAGCCCGCUGUGAAGCCCGAAACCAAAUCCGAGCCUGAACCCAAACCCGAGGAGCCGUCAAAAACAGAUGAAGCUGCUAAAACAGAGGAAGCUCCGAAAACAGAGGAAGUUUCUAAAACAGAGGAAACACCUAAAACAGAGGAACCUCCUAAAACAGAGGAACCCCCGAAAACAGAGGAACCCAAGAAGGAAGAAGAGGUGGUUGUAACAGAGGAGAAGAAAGAAGAGGAAGAAAAAACAGUGGAAGACAUAAAAGAAACCAUUGUUGUGGAAGUAACAGCAACCCCAGAAACAGAGGAAGCUCCAACAAUGGAGGAACCACCAAAAGAGGAGGAGAAUCCAACACCAGAACCAGCAAAAGAGCCGGAAGAAGUUUCUAUAUGGGGAAUUCCUUUACUUGCUGAUGAAAGAACUGAUGUGAUUCUUCUAAAAUUCUUAAGAGCAAGGGAUUUCAAAGUAAAGGAAGCUUUUAUUAUGAUCAAGAACACUGUAAGAUGGAGGAAGGAAUUUGAUGUUGAUUCAUUACUUGAUGAAGAUCUUGGGAAUGAUUAUGAGAAAGUUGUGUUUACUCAUGGAAUUGAUAAAGAAGGUCGUCCUGUUUGUUAUAAUGUGUUUGGUGAGUUUCAGAAUAAGGAACUUUAUCAAAAUACUUUUUCUGAUGCUGAGAAAAGGAAGAAGUUUUUAAGAUGGUUGAUUCAGUUUCUUGAGAAGACUAUUAGAACACUUGAUUUUAGUCCUAAAGGGAUUAAUUCUUUUGUUCUUGUUAAUGAUUUGAAGAAUUCUCCUGGGUAUGGGAAGAGGGAUCUUUAUAAGGUUAUUGAUAAGUUUCUUCAGAUUCUUCAGGAUAAUUACCCUGAAUUUGCUGCUAAACAGUUGUGUAUCAAUGUUUCAUGGUGGUAUUUGGCCUACAACUGGAUCUACUUAACUGUGUUCACCCCAAGAAGCAAGAGCAAGUUUGUGUUUGCAAGCCCAUCUAAAACUGCUGAAACCCUUUUCAGGUACAUAGCACCUGAGCAAGUCCCUGUUCAGUUUGGUGGGCACAGUAAGUCUGGUGAACAUGAGUUUUCUACUGCUGAUCCUGUUACUGAAGUUACCAUCAAGCCUGGCAGUAAACAUCCCAUUGAAUUCUCCUUUUCUGAGGAAUCCGAGUUUCUAUGGGAGCUAAGAGUAAUGGGAUGGGAUGUAAGCUAUGGAGCCGAGUUUUCGCCUUCGAAAGAAGGAGGAUACACCCUAAACAUUGCCAAGCCAAAGAAGAUUGUACCAAGUGACGAGCCAAUAAUAUGCGACACAUUCAAAGUCAGUGAGCCUGGAAAAAUUGUGAUCACCAUUGACAACCAAACUUCUAAGAAGAAGAAGCUUCUUUACAGGUCAAAGGUCAAGGCUUCUCAGUGAUUAUUUUCAUAAUUACUUGAGAAAUUUCAAUUUAUUCAAAAAUUAUAGUGACUUUUUAAUAAGAACUUUUGUUAAUUACUUUUUUGGAAUUACAUUUUCUUUGAUAAGGAGUUUUGGGAAUUUAUUAUUUAUUAAAUUUGUUUUUUUUUCUUGGAAAUAUUUUUUUUAUUGGGGUGUUGCUUAAGUUUGGAGGAUAUAUACAGAAGGAAGACAGGGGUGCAAAAAUUGUGUGUAUUGAAACUCUUUUUGUCUGUAUAUUCUAUGUAAAUUUAAUUA